GAGAAACUUGCAGCCAAAUCUCAUCGUGCUUAAAUUAAACAUUCUGCAAAAGUAUCGAGGAACUAACGAACGCAUUCUGUUAAUAUUAAUCGAUUCUGUUUUAUUUCGUUCGCAUAGACAUCACCGAUUUGCAGUUAAAACGUAUUGAAGUGGUGUCCGCGUGUUUUGUGCCAUAUUGGAGUUGAAUCCAGAUUAGACGUUCAAAACGGCUCACAGGGAGUUGUUGGAGAGAGCGUCCAGCAUGUCGUCUUUCUCUGAGUCUGCUCUGGAGAAGAAGCUGUCUGAGCUCAGUAACUCGCAGCAGAGCGUUCAGACUCUCUCGCUGUGGAUCAUACACCACCGCAAACAUUCAUCGCUCAUAGUGCGAGUGUGGCACAGAGAACUGAAGAAGGCUAAAAGCAGCAGGAAGUUGACGUUCCUGUAUCUGGCUAAUGAUGUCAUUCAGAAUAGUAAGAAAAAGGGUCCUGAGUUUACAAAAGACUUUGAAAGCGUCUUGGUUGAUGCCUGUUCGCAUGUUGCACGAGAUGGGGACGACGGUGCUAAGAAGCAAAUGGAGAGAUUGUUGAAUAUUUGGCAGGAGCGCAGUCUCUACCGCUCUGACUUCAUCCAGCAGCUCAAACUGGCCAUCGAAGACUCUGACAGCCCCAAACACAAGUCUGCAGAUGACAGGAAAAACCUGAAGAGAAGCUACCAGAAGGUGCAAGUGGAAGAGGAGGAGGAGGAGGAAGAUGAUGAUUACAGAGGUCACUACUCCCCCCAUGAGACUGAUGUUGCAGCUCCUCAACUGACGGAAGAUCUGGUGAAAGCGCUGCAGGAUCUGGAGAACGCGGCGUCGGGUGAUGCUGCUGUGAGACAGAAGAUCGCCUCUCUUCCGCAGGAGGUGCAGGACGUUUCUCUUUUAGAGAAGAUCACAGAUAAAGAAGCCGCAGAUAAACUUUCAAAGACAGUGGACGAGGCGUGUCUGCUGCUGGCGGAGUAUAACGGACGUUUGGCGGCCGAAUUAGAGGACCGAAGGCAGUUGGCCCGCAUGCUCACAGAAUACAUCCAAAGCCAGAAGGAGGCGCUCAACGAGAGGGAGAAGAAACUGGAGGAAUACAAGCAGAAACUUGCUCGAGUCACACAAGUGCGGAAGGAACUGAAGUCGCACAUCCAAAGUCUUCCAGAUCUUUCUCUCUUACCGAACGUUACUGGUGGGCUCGCCCCACUCCCGUCCGCUGGAGAUCUCUUUUCCACUGACUGAUGGUCUAGUCCCUUAAAUCUGACCCCAGCACCACCAAACCUGCCCCUCUAAAGACUCAAAGUCCCUCUAUGAUCAGAACGGCUCCAAAACAACCACGAGAGGAGCCAGAGAUUGAGAAACCAACAGGACGACGAUUCUAGCCCACCAGCGGAGCUCUCGCCCACAUGUGUGCAGUUUCUUUUGGUUUUAUGGCAGCCGAUACGAUUUUUGCUGCACGAACGAAAUGUCAGUGCGACCAAAUUCAACGGCCGAUAACUAAAUCUGAUUCAAAGUGUGGAAUAUUUGCUUUGAGUGACUUUGCUGUGAAAACGCAACACCCUUUGUUUUGUGUUACAUCAGUAGAUUUUUAGUUGUUCUGCUUUAAAGGACUAGAUUUGCAUAUUAUGUGGUUUUGGAAGAGACUGAAUAUGGGAUUAAAAUUUUAAAUGACCCCGCUUCCGACUGCGUUCAUGAUAUCAAGAGAAUGCUCACCAUCAGACACUAUUCAAAGUUUUAUAUUUUCGUUUCAAAUGUGUUCUCUGGGUUUUUUAGCUAAUAUAAUGAUGCGCUCAUAUUUCUGAAAAAUAGCCAUUUUUUUAUUUCUUAUACGGCCACACCGAAGAACCAUGACUGCACAAUAUAACGGUAAGCAUUUUGAUGUUCUUAAAUGCUUCAGAAUUGAAUUGCUGUGGUAUCUGAAGAUAAAGCAUCCAGGAAAUAUAUACAGAACCGGUUUAACUCGGGUUGAAUCUGUUCAAAUGACCUUUUAUAAUGUACCCCUCAAACCUCUGAUCACAUCUGAGACCGUUCUUUCUCGUCUUUUAAAUCUUUACGAAAAGUUAUUCAUGGUGCUCCAUUGUAAUUAUGUUUUAUAGUUCAGAGAUUAGAGUGACUGUGAUAUACACUGCGUAAGUCAACCCAGAGACAAUAGAAAUGAUAAGAUGUAUUGUUAUUUUGUCUUUGGCUACCCAUGACUGGAUCAACUUUGCAGCAUGUUUAUCAGAACAUGGAUUGCUUCACUUCUUUUGCAGCAUAAAGAAUA